UUAGAAAUUGGCAUAUGACCAACAUAUAGUUUAAAACGGCCAUAUGACUAAAAUAUGAUUCGACUAGUUUGUAGAAUUAUAGCAUAAUAAAAAUGGUGAAAUAACCAUUUUGUACGAUAUUGUCAUCUAUGUAUAGCUUAAUUAAAAAAUAGCUGAAAAUGGGAUGGAGUUAUCGUUAAUUUGUCCUAGCAGACUCAGAACGGUGUAGUUAAUUAGUAUCAAUCAAUAUGGAUAUAAUAAAGUUAGAUCUUAAAAUGCAUAUACAAAUGUGAACAACAGUCGAGCCUUAAUCAUAUUAAUUACCCGGCUGAGUACAUACUAAUUAACCAUAUCAAGGAAAAACAUAAUCACAACGGUAUCAUCUUUAUUGCUUACAUACAUUAUUUAUAUUAUAUAUCUAAUUCAUAAUGAAGUUGACCAUGAUAUAUUAUACGAUUUCUUGUCACUUUAAAAAAAAGUUACGUAUACAUAUACACAUACAUAAUAAGAUUUUUCUGUUUCAUAAAGACACCAAACAUGACAGAUCGAGAUAAGAUAAUUAACCAUAUUCUCGUUAAUAAAAAAAAAAGAGAUAUAUUACUUCCUUCAUUUUGAAAGAAAAUGUACAUGUGUGUUGUAUAUAUAUUACCCAUGAGAUACAACAUAGUUUCAGAAUUCUUCCCUAUACAUUUGUUCACACCCGAAAGACGAACCCUAAACACAAAAGGAAGCAGUAGUUAUCAAAAUGUCGCAGUUUUUGUACUCUCUAACGCUCGUCUUCGUUUUCCUCGCAUCAGCAAACACACAAAUAACAGCAGACACUUCACCAUCCUACUCCAAAAACCACAAAAUGUUCGUGAAGACAGCAUGCAAUUCGACAACAUACCCUGACAAAUGCUACAAGUCCUUAUCCUCAUACUCAUCUACCAUCAAAUCCGACCCGAUAAAGCUAUGCACCACAGCGCUCAAGCUCAACGUGAAUUCCGCAAAAGAAGCAGCUUCCGUCAUCUCUAAGCUUCUCAAAAAGUCUCAGAAAUCCGCAGCCGGACGAAAGAAUAAAAUGUUACCGGAGAAGCUUAUCCUCAGGGACUGCCUUGAGGAGAUGAGGGACACAAUUGUUGAGCUGAAGCAAGCGAUCACAGAGAUGAAGACUCUACGAGAUGGUGACUCUGUGCCUGAGCAUAUGACGAACGUCAGGACAUGGGUGAGCGCGGCAUUGACGGACGAAGGGACUUGUACGGACGGGUUCGAAGAGAUAAAAGUGAAUAAAGAAACUAAGAAGAAGGUAACGAAGGUUGUUGAGGAACUUGCAACGACGACUAGUAAUACUUUGGCGCUUAUUACAAAUCUAAGUUACUAGCGAACGAUUAUAUAAAAUAAAAUUAUUGUUAAUGAAUUAUUACGCGCGACCACCUUGUGCAUGUUUUUCUUUUCUACACGUCAAAACUGAUGUGUGUUUACCACAUAAUAUUGUAACAAUGUUAGAGUUAAUUUGAUUAAGACAAAUUAUAUUAUAAAGA